AUGGCAUCCAAGCAUGACCUUGAAGCGGGCCCCAAACCGAUCACCACCCCCGAGCCUCCCAAGGAGGCUGAAACCGACAAAGAUCCAAACCUCGUCACCUGGAAUGGAGACGAUGAUCCGGAAUUUCCCAAGAAUUGGCCGAGGGGCCUGAAGUGGAAGAACACCUGGUCGAUUUCACUGUUUGUCUUCAUUUCGCCCGUUUCGUCAUCGAUGAUUGCCCCCGCCCUCGAUGAUCUCGCCCAGUCGCUGGGGAUGCAUUCGGAAAUCGAAAUAUAUCUCUCAUUGAGUAUCUUUAUUCUCGCGUAUGCUAUCGGUCCUGUCUUUUUCGGUCCGGCAUCUGAAUUAUACGGUCGAGUACGUUUACUUCAAGUCAGCAAUGUGUGGUAUCUGGCCUGGAAUCUGGGGUGUGGGUUCGCGAAGACCAAGGGGCAACUUUUUGCUUUCCGUUUCCUUGCAGGUAUUGGUGGCAGUGCACCGCUAGCUAUUGGAGGAGGAGCCAUCAGCGACAUGUGGUCCGCAGAAGAACGGGGUAAGGCCAUGGGUGUUUAUACUCUUGGGCCACUCCUAGGACCAGUAAUCGGUCCGAUCGCUGGUGGGUUUAUUGCCGAGUAUUCAACCUGGCGCUGGGUAUUCUGGUCUACCUCCGCUGCUGCUGUCGCAGUGCAGGUAGUUGGGUUUUUCUGGUUGAAAGAAUGUCAUCCGGGCACGCUAUUACGGAAGCGCCGUGACCUUCUUGCUAAGGAGACAGGGAAUGGAAACCUCCAUACUGGGGAGGUAGUCGAGACGCUGGCUUACAAGCUUCUUCAUGCGCUUGAGCGGCCGGUGCGGAUGUUCACGACACAGCCUAUUGUCCUCUGUAUGGCACUUUAUAUGGCCUACCUCUUCGGCGUCACCUAUUUGAUGUUUGCGACCUUCCCUGAUAUUUGGUCCGACGUCUACCACGAGAGCUCUGGGAUUGGAGGUCUCAAUUAUCUUUCCAUCGCGAUUGGAUCUUUCAUCGGCCUCUUUUUCAACCUCAAGCUGGUGGAUCGCAUAUACAGAAUCUUAAAAGCCCGGAACAACAAUGUUGGCAAGCCCGAAUUCCGAAUGCCGUCAUUGGCUGUGGGUUCAGUUAUUAGCACCAUUGGGCUCUUUUGGUACGGCUGGAGUAUUGGAAAUACUCACUGGAUCAUGCCGAACAUCGGGGCGCUGAUAUAUACCAUGGGUACCAUCUCCUGCCUACAGGGCAUGCAAACCUAUAUCGUUGACAGCUACCAAACCUACGCGGCCAGCGCCAUGGCUGCCUGCGCUGUGCUUCGGAGUUUGUGUGGUUUUGGAUUCCCACUCUUUGCUCCUUAUAUGUAUAACAGACUGGGUUAUGGUUGGGGCACCAGUGUGCUGGCCUUCAUCGUCAUAGUGUUUGGAUGGGGUGGGCCAAUGAUUUUCUGGAAAUUUGGGCCCCGGCUACGUGCCAUGUCUGGAUAUGCAUCUGGAUAAGUGAGGCAAGAACUUGACACACGGGGAGGGCUGAGUGAG